AUGGCAAGCUUCCUCACAUCGAGCACUGUGGUGUGCCAGGCUCGUGUCACCCUCAACGCUAUCCUAGAUAUCUCCCACAACCUGCUCCGGGUGCUGGACGUCGAGUUCCUGGCAAACCUUUCGGUGCUAGCAGAGCUGGACAUAAGCAACAACAAGAUUUCUACGUUAGAAGAAGGAAUAUUUGCUAAUUUAUUUAAUUUAAGUGAAAUAAACCUGAACGGGAACCCGUUCGAGUGCGACUGUGGCCUGGCGUGGCUGCCACGCUGGGUGGAGGAGCAGCAGGUGCAUGUAGUACGACCUGAGGCAACCACGUGUGCCGGGCCCGGGCCUCUGGCCGGCCAGCCCCUGCUGGACAUCACCCUGCUGGAUGGCAGCUGCGGUGAGGAGUAUGUCGCCUGUCUCCCUGACAACAGCUCAGGCACCGUGGUGGUGGUGGCCUUUUCAGCUGCCCACGAGGGCCUGCUGGAGCCCGAGGCCUGCAGCGCCCUCUGCUUCUCAGCUGGCCAGGGCCUUGUCGCACUCUCAGAGCAGGGCCAGUGCCUAUGUGGGGCGGCCCAGCCCCCCAACACUUCCUCAGCCUGCCUGGCCCUCUGUGCUGGCCCCCUGCUGUCCCCAGCCCCUGCCUGUGGGGGCCCCAUCCUUCUCCAGCAUAUCUUCCCUGCCUCCCUGGGGGCCGCCCUGGUGGGGCCUCAUGGACCCCUGGCCUCUGGUCAGCCAGCAGCCUUCCACAUCACUGCUCCUGUCCCAAUCACCUCCAUACGCUGGGACUUUGGCGACGGCUCCCCCGAGGUGAACACUGCUGGCCCAGCUGCCACGCACCGCUAUGUGCUGCCUGGGCACUAUCAUGUGACGGCCAUGUUGGUCUUGGGGGCCAGCUCAGCUUCACUGGUGACUGAGGUGCAGGUGGAGGCAGCACCUGCCACCCUAGAGCUUGUGUGCCCAUCCUCGGUGCGAAGUAACGAGAGCCUGGAACUCAGCAUCCGGAAUCGCGGUGGCUCAGGCCUUGAGGCCACCUACAGCAUUGUGGCCCUGGCCAAGGAGCCAGCCUCAAUGGUGCACCCACUUUGCCCCUCGGACACAGAGAUCUUCUCUGGCAACGGGCACUGCUACCGCCUGGUGAUGGAGAAGGCACCCUGGCUACAGGCGCAGAAGCAAUGCCAGGCCUGGGCUGGGGCUGCCCUGGCCAUGGUGGACAGUCCUGCCAUCCAGCGCUUCCUGGUCUCCCAGGUCACCAGGAGCCUGGAUGUGUGGAUCGGCUUCUCAGCCAUGCAGGGGGCAGAAACGGGCCCGGCACCUCAGGGCGAGGCCUUCAGCCUGGAGAGCUGCCAGAAUUGGCUGCCUGGGGAACCACACCCAGCCACGGCCGAACACUGUGUGCGGCUUGGGCCCGCAGGGCGCUGCAACACGGACCUGUGCUCUGUGCCACAUAGUUAUGUCUGCGAGCUGCAGCCUGGAGGCCCUGUGGUGGACACUGAGAACUUCCUCGUGGGUGUGCCCAGUGCGGACCUGCAGGGACCCCUGACUCCUCUGGCGCAGCAGGAUGGCCUCUCGGUCCCCGCGGGGCCUGUGGAGGUCAUGAUGUUCCCUGGCCUGAGCCUGAGCCGAGCUGCCUUCCUCACCAGAGCUGAGUUUGGGGUGCGGGAGCUCCAGCGACCUGCCCAGCUGCGGCUGCAGGUGUACCGGCCCCAGGGAGGAGCAGGGGCCCCAGAAAAUAGCAGUGAACCCAAGAGUGGGUCCCUGGACAACAAGACCCAGCCGGUGCCCAAGUGCCUGCCGGGGGGACGCUGGUGCCCUGGAGCCAACAUCUGUGUAUCACUGGAUGCCUCCUGCCACUCUCGGGCCUGUGCCAAUGUGUGCACAUCAGGGCCUGGGGCCCCUGGAGCCACCUAUGCACUGUGGAGGGAAUUCCUCUUCUCUGUUCCUGCAGGGCCACCCACCCAGUACUCGGUCCUCCUCAGCAACCAGGAUGUCCUUGUGCUCCCUGGUGACCUCGUUGGCUUGCAGCACGACGCUGGCCCCGGCGGCCUUCUGCAUUGCCCACCAGCUCCCAGCCGCCCCGGCCUUGGGGCCCCGUACCUCUCAGCCAAUGCCUCCACCUGGCUGGCUCACCUGCCUGCCCAGCUGGAGGGAGCCUGGACUGGCUCUGCCUGUGCCCUGCGACUGCUUGCAGCCACUGAGCAGCUCACGCCCCUGCUGGGCCUGAGGCCCAACCCUGGGCUGCAGCAUCCUGGGCGCUACGAGGUCCGGGCUGUGGUGGGCAAUGGUGUAUCCAGCUGCAACCUGUCCUGUAGCUUUGAUGUGGUCUCCCCAGUGGCCGGGCUGCGGGUCGUCCACCCCACCCCCCACGAUGGCCGCCUCUAUGUGUCGACCAAUGGCUCGUCCCUGGUUCUCCAGGUGGAUUCAGGUGCCGGCGCCAUGACCACGGCUCACUGGCCCGGGGGCAAUGUCAGUGCACCCUUUAAGGAUACCUGCCCUGCCACCAGUACCCUCAUGCCCAACUGCCCCCAGGAGACGAAUGACACCCUGUUCUCCGUGCUGGCACUGCCUGGGCUCAGCGAGGGGGAGCACACAGUGGAGGUUGUGGCAGAAAACAGUGUCAGCCGUGCCAACCUCAGCCUGCGGGUGAUGGCUGAGAAGCCCAUCUGUGGCCUCCGUGCCAUGCCCAGCCCCGAGGCCCGCGUGCUGCAGGGCGUUCUGGUGAGGUACAGCCCCAUGGUGGACACUGGCUCAGAUGUGGUCUUUCGGUGGACCAUCGAUGACAAGCAGUCCCUCACCUUCCACAACGUGGUCUUCAAUGUUAUCUACCAGAGUGCCGCCGUCUUCAAGCUCUCACUCACUGCCUCUAACCACGUGAGCAACGUCACUGUGAACUACAACGUCACAGUGGAGCGCAUGAACAGGAUGCGGGGCCUGCGGGUGUCCAUGGUACCGGCCGUGCUACCUCCCAAUGCCACACUGGUGCUGACAGCCAGUGUGCUGGUGGACUCGGCUGUGGAAGUGGCCUUCUUGUGGACCUUCGGGGAUGGGGAGCAGACACUUGGCCAGUUCAAGCCUCCGUACAAUGAGUCCUUCCAGGUUCCAGACCCCACAGUGGCCCAGGUGCUGGUGGAGCACAAUGCCACACACACCUACACCACCCCAGGUGAGUACAGCCUGACCGUGCUUGUGUCCAACGCCUUUGAGAACCUCACGCAGCAGAUGCCCGUGAGUGUGCGUGCCGCUCUGCCCUCCAUGGCUGUGGGCAUAAGCGGCGAUGUUCUGGUGGUGGGCCGGCCUGUCGCCUUCUACCCACACCCACCACUCUCUCCUGGGGGCGUCCUGUACACGUGGGACUUCGGGGAUGGCUCUCCCAUCCUGACACAGAGCCAGUCGAAGGUCAGCCACACUUACACAUCAAAGGGCGUGUACCAUGUGUGUCUGGGCAUCAACAACACGGUGAGCAGUGUGGCGGCACAUGUGGAUGUCCGUGUCUUUGAGGAGCUCCGCGACCUGAGUGUGAACUUGAGUCCGGCCGUGGAGCAGGGAGCCCCCGUGGUGGUCAGCGCUGCUGUGAAGAUGGGUGACAAUGUCACGUGGACCUUUGACAUGGGGGAUGGCACUGUGCUUUCGGGCUCCAAGGCCAUGGUGGAACAUGUGUACCUGCGGGCGCAGAACUACACAGUGACUGUGGGUGCAGCCAGCCCUGCUGGCCGUCUGGCCCAGAGCCUACCCGUGCAGGUCUUUGUCCUGGAAGUGCUGCGCAUCGAGCCCACCUCCUGCAUCCCCAUGCAUCCUGCCGUCCAGCUGAUGGCCCACGUCACCGGGGACCCUGCUCACUACCUCUUCGACUGGACCUUUGGGGAUGGCUCCUCUAACACAACCGUUCGGGGAUGCCCGACAGUGACACACAACUUCACACGGAGCGGCACGUUCCCCCUGGCACUGGUUCUGUCAAGCCGUGUAAACAAGGCACAUUACUUCACCAGCGUCUGCGUGGAGCCCGAGGUGGGCAAUGUCACCUUGCAGCCUGAGAGGCAGUUUGUGCAGCUUGGGGAUGAGGCCCGGCUAGUAGCCUGUGCCUGGCCCCCGUUCCCUUACCACUACACCUGGGACUUUGGCACUGAGCACGCCACCCCUGCCCGUGCCAGGGGCCCUGAGGCAACAUUCACCUACCGAGACCCGGGCUCAUACUUGGUGAUAGUCACCGCGUCCAACAACGUCUCUGCUGCCAACGACUCAGCUCUGGUGGAGGUGCAGGAGCCCGUGGUGGUCACAGGCAUCAGGGUCAAUGGCUCUCACGUGCUGGAGCUGCAGCAGCCCUACCUGUUCUCCGUCAUGGGCAGUGGACGCCCUGCCACCUACCUGUGGGAGCUGGGGGAUGGCAGACGCCUGGAGGGCCUGGAGGUCACCCACACCUACAACAGCACAGGCGACUUUAUUGUCAGUGUGGCCGGCUGGAACGAGGUGAGCAGUGAUAAAGCCUGGCUCAAUGUCACAGUAAAGUGGCGUGUGCAAGGCCUCAGUGUCAAUGCCAGCCGCACAGUGGUGCCCCUGAAUGGUAGUGUGAGCUUCAGCACCUCUCUGGAGGUCGGCAGCGACGUGCGCUACUCCUGGGUGCUCUGUGACCGCUGCACGCCCAUUCCUGGGGGCCCCACCAUUUCCUACACCUUCCGCUCUGUGGGCACCUUUAACAUCAUCGUCACGGCCGAGAAUGAGGUGGGCGCCGCCCAGGACAGCAUCUUCAUCUAUGUCCUGCAGCUCAUCGAGGGCCUGCAGGUGGGAGGCGGUGGCGGUGGCUGCUGCUUCCCCACCAACCACACGCUCCAGCUGCAGGCUGUGGUCAGGGACGGCACCAACAUCUCCUACAGCUGGACUGCCCAGCGGGAAGGAGGCCCAGCCCUGACGGGCAAUGGCAAGACCUUCUCGCUCACCACACCUGAGGCCAGCACCUACCACAUCCAGCUGCGAGCCACCAACAUGCUGGGCAGUGCCUGGGCCAACCGCACUGUGGACUUUGUGGAGCCCGUGGGGCGGCUGGCUGUGGUUGCCUCCCCCAGCCCAGCUGCUGUCAACAUGAGCAUCACCCUUGUUGCUGAGCUGGCCAGCGGCAGCAGUAUCAUUUACACUUGGUCCUUGGAGGAAGGGCUGAGCUGGGAGACACCUGAGCCAUCUACCAUCCUCACCUUUUCCACUCCCGGCUUGCACCUGGUUACGGUCACAGCUGGGAACCAGCUGGGGUCAACCAGUGCCACUGUGGAAGUGGCCGUGCAGGUGCCUGUGAGUGACCUCAGCAUCAGGGCUGGUGAGCCAGAUGGCAGCUUUGUGGCAACCGGCUCCACUGUGCCUUUCUGGGGACAACUGGCUAUGGGCACUGACGUGAGCUGGUGCUGGGCCAUACCAGGGGGCAGUGGGCAUGGCCAGUACAUUGCUGUGGUCUUUCCUGAUGCUGGCACCUUCUCUAUCCGCCUCAAUGCCUCCAAUGCGGUCAGCUGGGUCUCAGCCGUGCACAACCUCACAGUGGAGGAGCCUGUGGUGGGCCUGGUGUUGUGGGCCAGCAGCAAGGUGGUGGCACCCGGCCAACUUGUCCACUUCCAGGUCCUUUUGGCUGCCGGCUCAGCUGCCAUCUUCUACCUGCAGGUGGAUGGGGCCAGCCCCAAGGUGCUUCCCGGACCCCAGUUCUCCCACAGCUUCCCCCAGGUGGGAGACCAUGUGGUGAGUGUGCAAGCCGAGAACCAUGUGAGCCGGGCACAGGUGCAGGUGCGCAUCUCUGUGCUGGAGCCCGUGAGUGGGCUACAGGUGCCCAACUGCUGUGAGCCAGGCAUUGCCACAGGCACCGAGCGGAACUUCACAGCUCGAGUGCAGCACGGCUCCCGCGUUGCCUAUGCCUGGUAUUUCUCCUUGCAGAAGGUCCAGGGCGACUCAUUGGUCAUUCUGUCGGGCCGUGAUGUCACCUAUACCCCCGUGGCUGCGGGGCAGCUGGAAAUCCACGUGCGUGCCUUCAAUGCGCUAGGCAGUGAGAACCGCACGCUGCUGGUGGAGGUCCAGGACGCUGUGCAGUAUGUGGUGCUGCGGGGUGGCCGCUGCUUCACCAACCGCUCUGCCCGAUUUGAGGCUGCCACGAGCCCCAGCUCAUGGCAUGUGGCCUACCACUGGGACUUUGGGGACGGGGCCCCGGUGUGGGCCACAGAUGAGCCCUGGGCCGAGCAUGCCUACCUUCAGCCUGGGGACUACCAUGUGCAGGUGAACGCCUCCAACCUGGUGAGUUUCUUUGUGGCGCAGGCCACAGUGACUGUCCAGGUACUGGCCUGCCGGGAGCCGGAGGUGGAUGUGGCCCUGCCCCUGCAGGUGCUUAUGCGGCGCUCCCAGCGCAACUAUCUGGAGGCCCAUAUCAACCUGCGGGAAUGUGUCACCUACCAGACUGAGUACCGCUGGGAGGUGUACCGCACUGCCAGCUGCCAGCGGCCAGGGCACAUGACCCGAAUGUCCCUGCCUGGCGUGGAUGUAAGCCGGCCUCAGCUGGUGGUGCCUCGGCUGGCACUGCCUGUGGGCCACUACUGCUUUGUGUUCGUGGUGUCGUUUGGGGACACACCGUUGGCACGGAGCAUCCAGGCCAAUGUGACAGUGGCCCCUGAGCGUCUGGUGCCCAUCAUUGAGGGUGGCUCUUACCGCGUGUGGUCAGACACACAGGACCUGGUGCUGGACGGGAGCAAGUCCUACGACCCCAACCUGGAGGAUGGUGACCAGACGCCGCUCAGCUUCCACUGGGCCUGCGUGGCCUUGACACAGAGUGAGGCUGGUGGGUGUGCGCUGAACUUUGGGCCCCGCGGAAGCAGCAUGGUUACCAUCCCCCGGGAGCGCCUGGAAGCAGGCGUGGAAUAUACCUUUAACCUCACCGUGUGGAAGGCCGGCCGGAAGGAAGAGGCUACCAACCAGACGGUACUGAUCCGGAGUGGCCGAGUACCCAUCGUGUCCUUGGAGUGUGUGUCCUGCAAGGCGCAGGCAGUGUACGAAGUGAGCCGCAGCUCCUACGUGUACCUGGAAGGCCGCUGCCUCAACUGCAGCAGCGGCUCCAAGCGAGGGCGGUGGGCCGCGCGUACUUUUAGUAACAAGACGCUGGUGCUGGAUGAGACAACCACGUCCACAGGCAGCGCAGGCAUGCGGCUGGUGCUUCGGCGGGGCGUGCUGCGGGAUGGCGAGGGCUACACGUUCACGCUCACAGUGCUGGGCCGCUCAGGCGAAGAGGAGGGCUGUGCCUCCAUCCGCCUGUCCCCUAACCGCCCACCGGUGGGCGGCACGUGCCACCUCUUCCCGCUGGCUGCUGUGCAUGCACUCACCACCAAGGUGCACUUCGAAUGCACAGGCUGGCAUGACGCUGAGGAUGCGAGUGCCCCACUGGUGUACGCCCUGCUGUUGCGGCGCUGUCGCCAGGGUCACUGUGAGGAGUUCUGCGUCUACAAGGGCAGCCUUUCUACCUACGGGGCUGUGCUGCCGCCUGGCUUCAGGCCGAACUUCGAGGUGGGCCUGGCCGUGGUCGUGCAGGACCAGCUGGGUGCUGCUGUGGUGGCUCUCAAUAGGUCCCUGGCCAUCGUCCUGCCAGAACCCAGCAGCAGCACCCUGGGACUCACGGCCUGGCUGCAUGGCCUCACAGCCAGUGUGCUGCCGGGGCUGCUGAGGCAGGCCGACCCCCAGCACGUCAUCGAGUACUCACUAGCUCUCAUCACCGUGCUCAAUGAGUAUGAGCAGGCCCUGGAUGUGGCAGCAGAGCCUGACCAAGAGCAGCAGCAGCGAGCCCAGAUGCGCAAGAACGUCACAGAGACUCUGGUCUCCCUGCGGGUCAACACCGUGGACGACAUCCAGCAGAUCGCUGCAGCGCUGGCUCAGUGCAUGGUGUCCAGUAGGGAGCUCAUGUGCCGCUCGUGCCUGAAGCAGACACUGCACAAGCUGGAGGGCAUGAUGCGCAUCCUGCAGGCCGAGACCACCGAGGGCACCAUGACGCCCACUGCCAUUGCUGACAGCAUCCUCAACAUCACGGGUGACCUCAUCUACCUGGCCAGCUUGGACGUGCAGGACCCACAGCCCUCAGAGCUAGGGGCUGAGGCCCCCUCACUGAUGGUGGCGUCCAAGGCCUACAACCUGUCGUCUGCCCUCAUGUGCAUCCUCAUGCGUUCCCGUGUGCUCAACGAAGAGCCGCUGACCCUGGCGAGUGAGGAGAUUGUUGCCCAGGGCAAGCGCUCGGACCCGCUGAGCCUGCUGUGCUAUGGCAAUGCCUCAGGCCCAGGCUGCCAUUUUUCCAUCCCCGAGGCUUUCAGCGGAGCCCUGUCCAACCUCAGUGACGUGGUGCAGCUCAUCUUCCUAGUCGACUCCAACCCCUUUCCCUUUGGCUACAUCAGCAACUACACUGUCUCCACCAAGGUGGUGUCCAUGGCUUUCCAGACGCAGGCUGGCGCCCAGAUCCCCAUUGAGCAGCUGGCUUCGGAGCGCGCCAUCACUGUGAAGGUGCCCAACUCAGACCAGGCCACCCAGGGGCACUGCACUCCUGCGGGCUCCGUCGUGGUCCAGCCCUGGGCUUCGGUCAGUGCUGUGGUCACCCCAGACAACAGCAACCCUGAGGCCGGGCUGCACCUGCAGCUCACCUACACACUGCUCAACGAGCGCUACCUGUCUGAGGAGCCUGAGCCCUACCUGGCUGUCUAUCUGCACUCGGCGCCUAGGCCCAACGAGUACAACUGCUCGGCCAGCAGGAAGAUCCACCCGGGGGUGCUCCAGGGUGACGACCACAGGCCCUACACCUUCUUCAUCGCCCCUGGGACUGGAGACCCAGGUGGGAGUUACUACCUGAAUCUGACCAGUCACUUCCACUGGUCAGCACUGGAGGUGUCUGUAGGCCUGUAUACAUCCCUGUGCCAGUACUUCAGUGAGGAGGACAUGAUGUGGAAGACAGAGGGGCUGGUGCCCCUGGAGGAGACGUCGCCCAGCCAGGCGGUCUGCCUCACCCGCCACCUCACUGCCUUCGGGGCCAGCCUUUUUGUGCCCUCCAGUCGCGUCUACUUCAUCUUUCCCGAGCCGGCCACAGGCAUGAACUACGUCGUGCUGCUGACCUGUGCCAUAUGCCUGGUGACCUACGUGGUCAUGGCUGUGAUUUUGAAUAAGCUGGACCAGCUGGAUGUCCGCCGGGUCCGUGCCAUCCCCUUCUGUGGAAAGGGUGGCCGCUUCAAGUAUGAGAUCCGGGUCAAGACCGGCUGGGGCCGUGGCUCAGGUACCACAGCCCAUGUGGGCAUCAUGCUGUAUGGGGCGGACAACCAGAGCGGCCACCGGCACCUGGAUGGUGACAGAGCCUUCCACCGCAACAGCCUGGACAUCUUCCAGAUUGCUACCCCACACAGUCUGGGCAGUGUGUGGAAGAUUCGAGUGUGGCAUGACAAUAAAGGCCUCAGCCCUGCCUGGUUUUUACAACACAUCAUCGUCAGGGACCUGCAGAACGCCUGCAGCACCUUCUUCUUGGUCAAUGACUGGCUGUCAGUGGAGACAGAGGCCAAUGGGGGCCUGGUGGAGAAGGAGGUGCUGGCAGCAAGCGAUGCGGCCCUGUGGUGUUUCCGGCGCCUCCUAGUGGCUGAACUGCAGCGUGGCUUCUUUGACAAGCACAUCUGGCUCUCCAUAUGGGACCGGCCACCACGCAGCCGCUUCACCCGUGUCCAGCGGGCCACCUGCUGUGUCCUCCUCAUCUGUCUCUUCCUGGGUGUUAAUGCCGUAUGGUACGGGGUUGUGGGAGACUCUGCUUACAGCACAGGAUCUGUAUCCGGUCUGAUGCCCCUGAGUAUGGACACAGUUGCCAUCGGCCUGGUGUCCAGCGUGGUUGUCUAUCCCAUCUAUCUGGCCAUCCUGUUUGUCUUCCGGAUGUCCNNNNUGCAGGUGGCUGGGGGCCCAAGUCCCAUCCCCACAGGGCAGCAGGUGCUGGACAUUGACAGCUGCCUGGACGCGUCUGUACUGGACAGCUCCUUCCUCACACUCUCAGGCCUCCGUGCUGAGGCCUUUGCUGGACAAAUGAAAAAUGAUUUCUUUCUGGAUGACUCUAAAAGCCUGGUGUGCUGGCCAUCCAGUGAAGGCACACUCAGCUGGCCAGACCUGCUCAGUGGCCCGUCCAUCGUGGGCAGCAAUCUGCAGCAGCUGGCACGGGGUCAGGUGGGCCAUGUGCUGGGCCCAGAAGAGGACAGCCUCUCCCUAGUCAGCCCCCCGUCGCUGGCCAAAUACUUCUCAGUGUCAGAUGAAGACCUGAUCCAGCAGGUCCUCACCGAAGGGGCCGGCAACCGGGCCCCCACCCAGGACGGACCAGUGGAAACCGACCUGCUGACUGGCUUAUCCAGUGCUCUCGGGGAGAAGGUGGAGAUGCUGCAGAGGCCAGGGGAGAAGGGACUGCCCAGCCGAGGCCUGACCUGGGAACAGCCCCAGACCGCACGGCUCUCCGGGACAGGACUGGUGGAGGAUCUGCAGAAGCGACUGCUGCCAGCUUGGUGUGCUUCCCUGGCCCAUGGGCUCAGCCUGCUCCUGGUGGCUGUGGCCGUGGGGGUCUCGGGGUGGGUGGGUGCCAGCUUCCCCCCUGGUGUGAGCAUCAUGUGGCUGCUCUCCAGUGGCUCCAGCUUCCUGGCCUCGUUCCUCGGCUGGGAGCCCCUCAAGGUCCUGCUGGAAGCCCUGUACUUCUCGCUGGUGGCCAAGAGGCUCCACCCAGACGAAGACGACACCCUGGUGGAGAGUCCAGCCGUGACACCUGUGAGCGAGCGGGUGCCCCGGGUGCGGCCCCCGCACGGGUUUGCGCUCUUCCUCGCCAAGGAGGAGGCCCGCAAGGUCAAGAGGCUGCACGGCAUGCUGAGGAGCCUCCUGGUGUACAUGGUUUUCCUGCUGGUGACGCUGUUGGCCAACUAUGGGGAUGCCUCGUGCCACAGCCAUGCCUAUCGUCUGCAGAGCGCCAUCAAGCAGGAGCUGGACAGCCAGGCCUUCCUGGCCAUCACCCGAUCUGAUGAGUUCUGGUCAUGGAUGUCCCACGUGCUGCUCCCCUACGUCCACGGGAAUCGGUCCAGCCCUGAGCUGGGACCCCCAAGGCUGCGGCAGGUGCGACUGCAGGAAGCGCUCUGCCCGGACCCUCCCGGCGCAAGGACGCACACGUGCUCCGCUGCGGGAGGCUUCAGCACCAGCGACUACGGCCUCGGUUGGGAAGGGGCAGCCCACAAUGGCUCCGAGACGUGGUCCUACUCUGCGCCCGACCUGCUGGGGGCCUGGUCCUGGGGCUACUGCGCUGUGUACGACAGCGGGGGCUACGUGCAGGAGCUAGGCCUGAGCCUGGAGGAGAGCCGCGCAGCCGCCCAGCAGCUCCGCUUCGUGCGCCAGUGGUCCGUUUUGGGCAAGACGUUGUGCCGGGCCCUGCCGGAGCUCCUGGGGGCCGCUCUGGGCCUGAUCGUGCUCGCGGCGGCCUACGCCCAGCUGGCUGUCCUGCUCGUGUCCUCCUGCGUGGACUCCCUUCGGAGUGCAGCCCAGGCCCUGCUGGUGCUGUGCCCGAAGGUUGGGGUCCUCUCCCUGUGCCCCGCGGAGUCCUGGUUCGUCCCCCCCCUGCUGUGCGUGGGGCUUUGGGCUCUGCGGCUGUGGGGUGCCCUGAGGCUGGGGGCAGUCGUCCUUCGGUGGCGGUACCACGCCCUUCGCGGAGAGCUCUACCGCCCAGCCUGGGAGCCCCAGGACUACGAGAUGGUCGA